CACACAGCUGAUAACAAGGCUGUGCUGCAGUUGAGACCAUCCUCAGUUUUUUUUGCCAGUUUUUGCGAAGACCUGGACGGACAAAAUCUCAUAUAAAUCAAUGACAAGAUGAACUGGGGCUUUCUGGAGACUCUGCUCAGCGGUGUCAACAAAUACUCCACUGUGAUUGGCCGAGUGUGGCUGUCCAUCCUUUUUGUCUUCCGCAUAUUGGUGUAUGUGGCAGCAGCUGAGUCCGUCUGGAAGGAUGAGACCAAGGACUUCACGUGCAACACGCAGCAGCCGGGCUGUGAGAACGUGUGCUUCGACCAUUUCUUCCCCAUCUCCCAGGUGCGUCUGUGGGCCCUGCAGCUCAUCAUGGUGUCAACGCCGUCCCUGCUCGUGGCCCUCCAUGUGGGCUACCGCGAGCACAGAGAGGCCAAACAUGGCAAGAAGCUUUAUGAUGACAAGGGCAGGAUUGAUGGAGGCCUACUUGCCACCUACAUUGUGAGCCUCCUGUUCAAAACUGGGUUUGAGAUCGGGUCUCUGGUCGCCUUCUACCUCCUGUACGAUGGCUUCUCAGUGCCCAAAGUUUUCCAAUGCAGUCAAACUCCUUGUCCCAACACGGUUGACUGCUUCGUCUCAAGGCCCACUGAGAAGAAGAUUUUCCUCUAUAUCAUGGGCUGCACUUCCAUCGUGUGCGUCUGUCUUAAUGUCGUAGAGAUGUUGUACAUUGUCUUCAAGCAAUGUUGGAAGUACUUCAGCAAAUACUAUGUGCCCAUAGAGGAGAAGAGAGGUUACCACUGUGGUAAAGCUCACGUGGUAACGGACUUACUAGGGCCCCAAGCAGCACCUCAGGCAAAACGAGUGAGCUCGCAGUCGGAGUUAAAACAGGAAAGUUCUCCUUCUUGAUUGUUAGGCUUGGGGAACUGCAGUUGUUCCUAUACCUGAAAGAGCAAAACCAACCUCAUGUUUCUAAUUUAGUUCCCAGAAGUAUUGUUUCCUGAUUGACCAACUUUAGAAAGACAAGCACACAAUAUAUCGAUGCUAAUAUCUUGGUGCAUCUAAUAAUAGUACAAUGUAAGGGACUCUUCUGUCUUUUUGGUUUGUGGACAUUGUCUUUAGCAAACCCAACAGAGCAUCUAUAAGCAGGCUGCUACAAAGUCGGUUUUCAUGUAUACCUAUUUUGUAUUUCAAGUUGAUGAUUGAUUCUGCUGAAUGAAUGAAUGAAAGAAAGUACUGUAAUGGCAUUCCUUGGAAUUUAUCUAACAUGAAAUGAUCAACAGGUGCAGCUAACGAUUAUACGUAUGGGCCUUUGCUAGGUUUGACACACCUAGAUGCCAGAAUAUAUUUUUCAAAUUCG